GUGGUCGAAAGCUGAACUGCUGAGUGAGUCCACUGUUUAAGUUAGCCUGCUGAAGCAAAGUCUGAUUGAGAUUGCAAGACAGUGUCCAGGCGCCUGCUGACUGCACCAUGAAAACUAUCAUUGCUGCCUAUUCCCAAAAUCAGAGCGAGAGUCAUGCCAGCAUCCAGGCUGCCCUCUGCACGCUUCUAGCUGUGUCCUGGCCUUCAAAAAGAGAUUUCCAGGCCUGCAUCCAGCUGCUAUCAGUUCUCCAGUGGAUUCUGAGUUUCCUGUUGAUGGGAAUUGCUAGCCUGCUUCUUCUCACCUAUUUGGUUUUCACCAGUUUUUGGCCCAUUUCUGUUUUCUAUGUGGCUUGGCUCAUCUUUGAUUGGGACACACCUGAAAACGUGAUGAUCCACUCCCUUGCGUACUUCCCGUUCCUGUGCCCUGCAGGUGGAAGGAGUUCUUCCUGGGUCCGGAAAUGGUCUAUCUGGAAUCACUACCGAGAUUACUUUCCUAUUCAGCUGGUGAAGACUCACAACCUGCUCCCCAGCCACAACUAUAUUGUUGGGGUCCAUCCCCAUGGGAUCUUAUGCGUUGGUGCUUUCUGCAACUUUGUCACUCGUUCUACUGGCUUCUGUGAAAAGUUCCCUGGCAUCAAACCUUUUCUGGGCACUCUGGCUGGAAACUUCCGAUUACCUGGUAUAAGGGAAUACCUGAUGAGUGGGGGUCUGUGCCCAGUGACUCGGAAGGCAAUAGCACACCUCAUAUCCCAGAACGGCACAGGCAAUGCUGUGGCCAUUGUGGUUGGGGGAGCCGCUGAGUCACUCUCUUGCCAGCCAGGAGUGACCACGUUAAUCCUCAACAAACGCAAAGGGUUUGUCCGGCUAGCACUCCAGCAUGGGGCACACCUGGUUCCUGCUUUCUCUUUUGGAGAGAAUGACCUUUUCCAGCAGGUGCUCUUCAAGGAAGGCACCUGGAUGAGGAACCUUCAAAACAGAUUCCGUAAACUUCUUGGCUUUGCUCCCUGUUUCUUCUAUGGAAGGGGCCUCACCUCCAUCCAUUCCAAAGGCUUCUUGCCUUUUCCUAGACCAGUUACCACUGUCAGUGCCGCCUCUCCCAUUUUCCAGCUGCAAUAUGGGGAAUACGUUGCAAGAAAUUGUGAUAACGGCAGUCAGGCCAUGAAGCUGAAGGAAACCCAAUAGCUAAAGAAUCCUAUUUGUGCUACCUGAGCGGGAUGAAAGAAAUGGGUUGGGUGGGUGGGUUGGUGGUGGUCUGCAUCAGUCAUGUUGCACUUGCUCUACAUGAAGCUUCUUGGACACUUUCAAACACAAAGUGUGCUGCUGCAUCUCAUGAACUGAGAGUGGCCCUCUGCUAGCACAGCCUAUUCAUUUAUUUAAAUUUUAGGCCACUUUUAAGGGUGGUAACAUUUAACUGUCUCCAAUUAAAAUGAGUAGGUAGCAGGUGAUGGGGUGAAUUUAGUUUAGUCCAUAUUUUCAUAUGAACUUAUCGAAUUUGCUCUUCCUGAAUCAGUCUGCAAACUGAGAUGGAGAUAUUCUUCAAUAUUCACACCUCUCAAGAGUUUUGCAAUGCAGUUUACUGAACUAAAAAUGCAUGCAGCAGUGCAUAUAUUAGGGGAAAGUGCACACAAUUAUAUUAAUGGGAAAGGGUACAAAACAUUAAGGAAAACUGCCUACCAAAACUGAGUAUAUUAGAUAAACUUGCUUAUAAAAAUGUGUAUAUACAGAAAAAUGAGCAAAAAUAGUAUUUGAAUUUUUAUGCAGACUUUUUUAAAGUCACAAACUCAUGCAGAAAUGGAACAGAAUGAAUUUAAAUUGAGCAAAUGAGAAAUGGACAGAAUGAAAUUGACAUACACCCCACUUUGCUGGCCAUCGGAGUAGCCAAGUGGCAGCUUAUGCAUUUUUACACCGAUGAAAUUGCCAAUUAGCUAAUAGAGGAUACCCUUUCUCCAGUUAGCAUUAUCUCUGAUUUUAACCAAUUAAUUGAAUAGCCAGACAAAUCACCAAAACUAUUAAUCAGUUUCAUCAAAGCCGGAACUGACAACUGGAGUUUCAAGAUAAACAGCAAAAGAUCAUCAGUAUAAAGGAACAUUUUAAAUUCUAAGCCAGCAUGCACAAAACCACGAAUCCUACUAUUUUAUCUAUAAUAGCACAUGCCAGGGGUUCCAAGCAUAAAUCAAAUAUCAAUUGAGAAAAUGAACAUCUGGUAUCCUGCCCUAGUAGGGAAAAAAGCAGAAAAUAAACCAUUAGUCAUUACUUUAGCUCUCAGGGCAGAGUAUUUUUUUUUUUACCCAUUUCUAAAAUUCUAUUGGAAAACAAAAAAUAGUCAAUGUAGCAAAAAUAAAUUUCCAAUGAAUUUCAUCAAAGGCCAUUUCUGCAUCUAAAGAAAUGAUGGAUACCUGGUCAGUUGGUUCUGAAUUUAAGGCCACAAAAUUCACAACUUAUCUGAGAUUAUCUUCCCUCUGUCUGUUUGUAAUGAAUCCUACAUGGUCUGGUCAAACCAAUGUUGCAAUAACUUGUUGCAAUCUUUCGGAUGGAUAUUUUGAUAUCCACAUCAAUUAAUGAUAUAUGUCGAUAGUUAGCACACUAGGUAUAUGACCCUUCCCAGGCUUAGGAAGCAUAGUAAUAUAAAGAAAGGGAACCCACUUCAAAAAUAGGAGGCACUACCAUUUUGGAACUAAAAGGCUAGAGAGUAUUUUAUACCACUCAUUUGGAAAUCCAUGCAGACCGGUGAUUUCCCAAUGCUCAUAUUUGUAAUUGCAUUCAUAAUUCCCUCCAAUUGUGAAGGAGCCAAAAGGAGUUGUGGAAGAUUAAUAGGGUGUGUGGGGGAGAUUCCUUAUCUUGUUCCAAUAUCUCGCUACCAGUGCUGUAAAGAGCAGUAUAAAACUUUUAAAAUUGUGACUUUCCAUCUAUAGGAGAAGUAUAUACUUUAUCC